AUUUCCGCUUCAGGAAGAGGUCUGAGAGAAGUGAAGACCAUAGACAAUGUGAUGAAGACCCUGUAAAGACACUAUGUGAACGACUUGCGAGAUUUCAUUGUCUUUUUCGCCUUAUUUAAUUUACUUUGAGUGGCCACUUACAGCAAAAAAUCCCAGAGGAGGACAUCACUGUUCCACCAAUGUGGUUUAAAAGGUGACAUUGUGCUUAUUUGGACACAUAACCUGUACCAUGGGGAAGAGAUACUACUGUGACUACUGUGACCGGUCCUUUCAGGACAACAUGCAUAACAGGAAAAAACAUCUGAAUGGUGUUCAGCAUCACAGAGCGAAAAAGGCCUGGUUUGACCAUUUUAGAGACUCUGCUGCCAUUCUGUAUGAUGAGCAAACAAAGAAACCCUGUAGGAAGUUUCUCCAAAAGGGAAUUUGCGAUUUUGGCCCCAACUGCAGGUUUUCUCACAUGUCCGAAGAGGAGCUGAUUAACCUAAAAAGACAGGUGGAAGAUGAAAGACAGCACAGAGAGGGCUCUUGGGACAGAAUGAUGCCUGGGCGAAGUGUAGAAGAAUGGCUCUCUAGAAGGGAGAAGAAGAGAAGUGCCCUUGGUUGCAAAGGAGAUGUGAAAAAUAAGGAAGACAGUGAAGAGGGCCAAACAGAAAGUGACGUACCUCAACAUCUUCUUUCCAUUCCUGACCUUCCACCCUCACUUCGACCUCCUCCCCCAGGUGGGUGGAAAGUCAAAGUGAACACUGAAUGGGGUUGAGAGAUAUUCACCUUGGGGUUCAAAUCGCUGUUAAAUGGAUAUGUGACAUUAACAGAAGGAGGAAUGGUGUUGAUAUAGCUGAUAUUCAGAGAUGGCGUCAUGUUCAUAUUUGAAGGUUAGAAAUGAAUUUUACAGUUGAUACGUAAAAACUGUUUGUUGCCCUUUCUCAUUUUGAAAAUUGUGCAUAGUAACAGAAAUAUGUACAGCAUGCACAUAAUGUAUUUUUUUUUAUUAGAACUGGUUAAUUUUUUACAUUUUAUUUAAGAUGUCAAGUUUAAUUUUCCAAUUUAAAAUGAGUUAAAGUUUGUAUUUACAUUAAAAAAUGUUUUAAACGAAAUCUUAGAGAAGCAGUUUCUAUGCAGACAGUAAUCCUCAUAAUUGACAUUUUGACAGUGUGACAGUGUGUUGUUGUUUGCUGCACCCAUCAGCAGUAGCAGCAGUUCUUUACAAUGAGACUCCUCUUAGGAGUUAUAUUUAAUGUCACGUAGUCCCGAAAGGAAUUCAGGAUUGCUGUGCAGACGGAAAUAGUUUUUUUGUUUUAUUUUGAUCCUGUGCUGUGUCACUGGGGGAAUCACUGAUCUCGUGACUUCAUUUUAUUUCUAACCCAGCCACUGGAAAACACCAUUUUACUUCCUAAAUAGUACAUUUUCUUAAUACAUUUUUUUUUUUAUCAAUUCAGCUCCCUUGAAUGUAUGACUAAUGUAUCUAUAAUUGUCACUGGACUUUUAAAAACACCAGAUUAUUCCUCUUAAUUGGGGUUAUGCUGAGAUCUAUAUACUUUGAACUGUUUCCACAUUUGUUGGAUACACAUUGCAGUGUUUACACCAGAAUCCUCAUUAAAUAGCUGUUUGUGUUUAUGCCUGUUUAGAAUAAUUUUGGGAAUACUGUGUCUUAAAUGUGCUGUCUUGGCCAGAUCUCCUGUGUAAAAGAUGACUCUGACUUUAAUGGGGUGCCUGUUUUGUUUGUAUCAUUUCAGGCAAAUCUGCUUAUUGACAGUGACUAACACACCAACAAAGAUGGCCAAAAAAGUAGACCAGUACCAAGCAAAUGUAGCUGUAAACUGAAUAAUUUAGAAUAUUUAAAAAUUUGCUUUUGAAAUGUUAAAUGUGGAAACACAUUUGGUAGACCUCCAGGAUCCAUAUUAUAUGUUUAUUGAGAAACACUGAAUAUAAACGUAUUUUGUUUGUUUUCAAGAAAACUACAUAAGUAGGUACCUUAAGGUAAAGGUCAGGCUGUGAAAAGAUAGUACUCCAAACUCAUUCUCAAUCGUACUUAAGUAGUGAGCUUGUGGACUCUCUUCGCGUGGCCCUGUAAUUACCCUUUGCUGUGAGACACAAACGCUCAUUGCUCUCUGUAGCAGUCAUUUGUAUCCAAUACAUCUCAGCCUACUCGUAGAAAAUCAAUAGUCCACAUGUUUAUUAAGGCAACUUGGAAUCGGUUCAUGCACUCUGAAGCUUGUUUAAAGCUUACUAUAUCCCUCGUGUGAGUGAUUUGGUCUCUCAAAUCUUCUUUCAAACCUUCUUUAAUAUCACAUAAUCACAACCUGGAUCUAUAUGUGUGUCCUUACUCCACCCAAAACUUCUUAUUCCAUAGUGGACAUUUUACAGCAUGAGGUGCACCACUAUAUAACUCCAAGGAAAUGCUCCCUCCUGCUGCAGGCUGUCUGCUGUGCCCUGUUACUAAUGGGUCAUUAACAUGCCUGACAGUGCCGCGACAGGGCCGUCACACCACCAGAUCCAGACCGUCUCCCUUCUGUUUUCAAGUAUUUAAAUGAGCAAUGAAUUCAGAAUUUCACUCUUCUUUCCUUGUGUAGCCUGACAAGCAUCUUAACCCAGAUAUGCUCUUCUUUUUUUUCAUGUUGGCCACCCUGUACUUGAUAUUAGUAUCAACUGUAUGUUUUGUUUCAUCGUAUCCUGCAUUAAUUUGUAAGCAGUGUCUCAUUUGUAAACAGAAAACCAA